CUGUAGCUGUCUUCAGACACUCCAGAAGAGGGAGUCAGAUCUCGUUAGGAUGGUUGUGAGCCACCAUGUGGUUACUGGGAUUUGAACUCCAGACCUUUGGAAGAGCAGUCGGGUGCUCUUACUCACUGAGCCAUCUCACCAGCCCCCUGUUUCUCUCUUAAAACAACAAUAAACUCCGGAAAUAUGCUCAGCCAACAGGACAGGUAAUAGAUUUGUGUAUUUGUUCAUUUAGCCUAUCGGUUCCCUACCAGUGUAGGUCACAACCCUUUUGGGGAUUGAAUGACUUUCUCACAGGGUCAUCUAAGACCAUCGGAAAACACAGAUAUUUACAUUACAAUUCAUAACAGCAAAAUUACAGUUAUGAAGGAGCAAUGAAAUAAUUUUAGAGUUGGCAUGAGGAACUGUAUUAAAGGGUUGUAGCAUUAGGAAGAGUGAGAACCACAGAUUUAGCAAAUACUUGUUUACUGCUCUCUGUGCUGGGCUGCUACACAUGCAUUUUGGGGACAGGGCAGUUAAGACAUGUCCUCUUCUAUUGCGGUUCAGUGGAAGGAGACAAAUUAAAACAAAAGAAAACUAGACAGAAAAAUGACAGGCCUGUGUGAUGAAAGAGAGAUCACCCACAUAGAGUCACCCGAGUUAUACAGUUAUAGCUGAGGAGCUCAUUAAAGAUGUUUCAUUCUACACUGUAGAAUUUCUUCUUCUUUUAAAAAAAAUUUGUUUGUUUGUUUGUUUAUUAUAUGAGUACACUGUAGCUGUACAGAUGGUUGUGAGCCACCAUGUGGUCACUGGGAAUUGAACUCAGGACCUUUGGAAGAGCAGUCAGUGCUCUUAACUGCUGAGCCAUCUCUCCGGCCCUACACCGUAGAAUUUCAUACUCAUGUUAUGUUCUGUAAUAACUUUGAAAAGAGCUGAUCUGAAGCUGGAGAGACGACUCAGUCGUUAAGAGGCUGCCCUUCCAGAGGACCUGGGUUGUAUUCCCAGCAACCACAUGGCAACUCACAACCAUCUGUAACUCCAGUUCUAGGAGAUCUGACCCCCUCUUCUGGUCUCCACAGGUACUACACACAUGUGGUCCACAGACCAACAUGCAGGCAAACACCCACACAUUAAGUAGAUCGGAAAAAUAUAUAUCUUAAAAAAGGAAAAAGCAGACAUGUCCAAUUGUGUUUGCUCAUAUUUGUUUAUUAAAGCAACAACAACAGAAUAGUACUGCUUAUCUGCCAAGCACCUAUGUACAUAAAGUUAUCGUGUGUUUAGUAAAGAUGAUGCAUGCCAGACAGUGGUGAGUGGAUGGGAGGAGAGAGUGGGCACUGUGCUAUUUUACUCCAGGUGAUUGGAAAGAGGGCUUGGAACCUUCCCUCCAUGUUCCUUCUUUUGUCUUGGAUCAGUUCAUCAGGUAGAUUUGCAGACACAAGAGAUUUUGGUGUCUGUUGGAAUCACUCAAAUUUUCAUUAAGGGAGCUACUGUGAGGCCCCACUUCCAUCUUGUCCUAGGGCUGAGUGUGUGGGCGUGCAUAUGUGGAUCUGAGUGUGUGUGUGUGUGUGUGCGCGCGCGUGUGCAUGUGCGUGUGUGUGUGUGUGUGUGUGUGUAUACUUAUGGAGGCUUGAGCUAUUCACCUCUUAAUUUUAUUUUUGAAACAGGGUCUCACUCUGUUGCCCUGGCUGGCCUGAAACUUUCUAUAUAGACCAGGCUGACCCUCAAACUCAUGAACAGCCACCUACCUCUGCCUUGUGACUAUGACACCAUACGCAGCCCCUUCCCUCGAUGUCUUUUGAGAGAGUUUCUAAUCUCCUGGAGUUCCUGUCUCCAUCUCCCAGCUCUGAGAUUACAAGUGUCCACCAGGCUUUUUACUUGGAUUCUAGGAUUUGAACUUGGGUCCUCUUGCUUGCAAGGCAAACACUGGCUGAAUCACCUUCCUAGCCCAGUCUGCAUUUGUUUGUUUUCAUAUAUUUAUGUUGACUUGCUGUGUAUGAAUGUUCUGCACACAUGUAUAUUUGUGUACUAUGUGCAUGCAGUACCCUGGAAGGCCAGAGGAGGGCAUCAGAUACUCUGGGUCUGGAGUUACAGAUGGUUGUGAGCCAUCAGGUGGGUGCUGGGAAACAAGCCCAGGUUCUCCUCAAGAGCAACAGUGCUCUUCACCACUGAGCCAUCUCUCCAGCACCCCCCUCCUUGUUCUUAACUAAGAAAGAGUGCUACCCGAGCCCCACUCUUCGUCUGUCAGGCCUCUGCAUGCUUAAAUCUCCAGUCUCCUCCACUCCCAAUCUCUUUACUCUUCCUCCAAAAUCAUGAGCUGCUCCUGGUCUGAUUUGGAGACUUCACUAAAACAUUGUACAGUUGUCUUCCAGAUGUUUGACUGGGAUGCAGAAUUGCUCUCCUGUCCCAGUUUUCCUGUGAUGAACUCACACCCACUGAACUUUGCAGUAUUGGAAAAUCUCACUGUUAUCUCAGCCCUGGAGCCUGAAAGCUCCGAGUUAAACCAUCCAAGUAUCCUAUAGCCGCACACACAUCUAAAAUAGGUUGUGAACCAUGGCUAUGUGGAUACAGGCUCAGCAGCUCCAGGGCGAUGCCCUUCACCAGAUGCAGGCCUUGUACGGCCAGCAUUUCCCCAUCGAGGUGCGACAUUAUUUAUCACAGUGGAUCGAAAGCCAAGCCUGGGACUCAAUAGAUCUUGAUAAUCCACAGGAGAACAUUAAGGCCACCCAGCUCCUGGAGGGCCUGGUGCAGGAGCUGCAGAAGAAGGCGGAGCACCAGGUGGGGGAAGAUGGGUUUUUGCUGAAGAUCAAGCUGGGGCACUAUGCCACACAGCUCCAGAGCACGUACGACCGCUGCCCCAUGGAGCUGGUUCGCUGUAUCCGGCACAUUCUGUACAACGAACAGAGGCUGGUUCGCGAAGCCAACAACGGCAGCUCUCCAGCUGGAAGUCUUGCUGACGCCAUGUCCCAGAAGCACCUUCAGAUCAACCAAACGUUUGAGGAGCUGCGCCUGAUCACACAGGACACGGAGAACGAGCUGAAGAAGCUGCAGCAGACCCAAGAGUACUUCAUCAUCCAGUACCAGGAGAGCCUGCGGAUCCAAGCUCAGUUUGCCCAGCUGGGACAGCUGAACCCCCAGGAGCGCAUGAGCAGGGAGACGGCCCUCCAGCAGAAGCAAGUGUCCCUGGAGACCUGGCUGCAGCGAGAGGCACAGACACUGCAGCAGUACCGAGUGGAGCUGGCUGAGAAGCACCAGAAGACCCUGCAGCUGCUGCGGAAGCAGCAGACCAUCAUCCUGGACGACGAGCUGAUCCAGUGGAAGCGGAGACAGCAGCUGGCCGGGAACGGGGGUCCCCCCGAGGGCAGCCUGGACGUGCUGCAGUCCUGGUGUGAGAAGCUGGCCGAGAUCAUCUGGCAGAACCGGCAGCAGAUCCGCAGGGCUGAGCACUUGUGCCAGCAGCUGCCCAUCCCAGGCCCCGUGGAGGAGAUGCUGGCUGAGGUCAACGCCACCAUCACGGACAUCAUCUCAGCCCUGGUCACCAGCACGUUCAUCAUCGAGAAGCAGCCUCCUCAGGUCCUGAAGACCCAGACCAAGUUUGCAGCCACCGUGCGCCUGCUGGUGGGGGGGAAGCUGAAUGUGCACAUGAACCCCCCGCAGGUGAAGGCGACCAUCAUCAGCGAGCAGCAGGCCAAGUCCCUGCUCAAGAAUGAGAACACCCGCAAUGAUUACAGCGGCGAGAUCCUGAACAACUGUUGCGUCAUGGAGUACCACCAGGCCACUGGCACACUCAGCGCCCACUUCAGAAACAUGUCCCUGAAACGAAUCAAGAGGUCUGACCGCCGUGGGGCAGAGUCAGUAACGGAAGAGAAGUUCACGAUCCUGUUUGACUCACAGUUCAGCGUCGGUGGAAACGAGCUGGUCUUUCAAGUCAAGACCUUGUCGCUCCCGGUGGUGGUGAUUGUUCACGGCAGCCAGGACAACAAUGCCACAGCCACUGUCCUCUGGGACAACGCCUUUGCAGAGCCUGGCAGGGUGCCAUUUGCCGUGCCUGACAAGGUGCUGUGGCCGCAGCUGUGUGAAGCGCUCAACAUGAAAUUCAAGGCUGAAGUACAGAGCAACCGGGGCUUGACCAAGGAGAACCUCGUGUUCCUGGCACAGAAACUGUUCAACAUCAGCAGCAACCACCUCGAGGACUACAACAGCAUGUCCGUGUCCUGGUCCCAGUUCAACCGGGAGAAUUUGCCAGGACGGAAUUACACUUUCUGGCAGUGGUUUGAUGGCGUGAUGGAAGUAUUGAAAAAACAUCUCAAGCCUCACUGGAAUGAUGGGGCUAUCCUGGGUUUCGUGAACAAGCAACAGGCCCACGACCUGCUCAUCAACAAGCCAGACGGGACCUUCCUGCUGCGCUUCAGCGACUCGGAAAUCGGGGGCAUCACCAUUGCUUGGAAGUUUGACUCUCAGGAGAGAAUGUUUUGGAAUCUGAUGCCUUUUACCACUAGAGACUUCUCUAUCCGGUCCCUCGCUGACCGCCUGGGGGACCUGAAUUACCUCAUAUAUGUGUUUCCUGAUCGGCCAAAGGAUGAAGUAUAUUCUAAGUACUACACACCGGUCCCCUGUGAGCCCGCAACUGCGAAAGCAGCUGACGGAUACGUGAAGCCACAGAUCAAGCAGGUGGUCCCCGAGUUUGCAAAUGCAUCCACAGAUGCUGGGAGUGGCGCCACCUACAUGGAUCAGGCUCCUUCCCCAGUCGUGUGCCCUCAGGCUCACUACAACAUGUACCCACCCAACCCGGACUCCGUCCUUGAUACCGAUGGGGACUUCGAUCUGGAAGACACGAUGGACGUGGCGCGGCGCGUGGAAGAGCUCUUAGGCCGGCCCAUGGACAGUCAGUGGAUCCCUCACGCACAGUCAUGACCAGACCUCACCACCUGCAGCUUCAUCGCCCUCGUGGAGGAACUUCCUGUGGAUGUUUUAAUUCCAUGAAUCGCUUCUCUUUGGAAACAAUACUCGUAAUGUGAAGUGUUAAUACUAGUUGUGACUUUAGUGUCUCUGUGCAUAGUGGCACUAGUGAAGGGAGUGCGCGUGAGUGUGAGUGCAUUUGCACGUCGUGUUUUUUUCCCCGCCCCUGCUGUCCAGUCUAAGCCGCCACGCCAGGGCAGCGGCUGCGCUUUUUUUUACCAUGUGCAAAAAGGCAGUUGGUUCCCUGAACCCUGGAACCUGGCCAUGUGUCUUCAGGGUGGCUGACCCUUGACACGUGACUAUCCAAGUAAGAAAAGGACAGAGGAAAAAGCACCCUCUCUCUGGGGAGCCUCGGUUCCUCUGCCAGGUAGUCCAUAGUCCAAGCAAGCAUUGUCAUUGUCUCCGCCUGUCUUCUGAGAUGUAGAUGACUGUCUGAUGAUGAAAGCCAGUACCUCCCGUGUCCCCUGUCCCCUUUGCAUAAGGGACGGAAAGGGGAGCUGAAUCAAGGGUGAUGGGGCAAGGGUGGUCACAGGUUUUUGGAUGGGGAGUGGCUGUUUCCCGUUUCUGCCACUUCCGCCAUCUUAACACUGGCUCCUUCCCUCUCUGCUUGCUCAGUCUCUAUUUCUAGAACUGCCACUCAGCUUAAGUGCAAGUGUGUGUACUCAAGUGGAGAUGUUUAACAAAAUAGUGGAGAGGAAGCCAGGCCACCCAGCUCUGAGCGUACAGGUUCAGGUGAUGCCCUGUGUUCCUUCUGUCAGGGCGGUGCGUUGUGCCCAAGUCCUGGCUCCAGACACUGGGCGUAGCCUGUCUGCGCCAGCCUCCCCAACUCUUGUCUGUGCUGUGGCCAGGCCGCGCCUGCGCUAUCCAAGGCUUUUCUCCAAGCGUGUUGAUAAUGGCUUCCUGCAAACGUCCGGUGGUGUUUUUUGUUUCUAAAUCAGGUCUUUUUUUAUGUUUUUCCCAUUUGCACCCUAAUUUGACAUCAAAUUUCCCCCCUCCUGUAUCAGGUCCUGGGUCCUCUGUACCCAGAUCACUUCAUCUCCCUUCAGUGUCACAUAGUGCCCUGAGGAUUAGGUGGUAGGAAUGGGACCUGCACACGGGGCCAGCCUGCCAAGCAGGCAGCCAGCACUGUACAGUGCUGGGUGCCGGGUGGCCGUUGGGGAUUGGGGAAAUGCAGUCAGUCAGCGGGUUUCCUAGGAAGCUUGGAAAACUAAAAGCAAAGUGAAAGCCUCAGGGUGAUUUGUUCCACAGUCUCCUCUGUAGUGUCUCCAGAAGGAAGGAAGGGGCUGCAGUGGGCCGUCAGGGAGAGGGGCAAGCAGAGAGCGGUUACCACUCAGGCUUGCUGAGAGCCCUCCUUGGCUUCCUCUCCCAAACAAGGGCAGAACCGUGCCCAGGAGAGGAGCCCCCAAAACCUUAUUUUUAUACAUGCAAGUAAAUAAACAUAUUUUUUUUACAAAAAUAACUUCUGAAUUUAUCAGUGUUUUACUGUUAAAAGAAAAUACUCCUGUGUAGUAAAUUAUUUAUUGGGAGAUGAGUUUUUAAAAGCUGCUGUUUGCCUUGCCUUGGUUUUGUACACUGAUUUUUCUAUGCCUGGCGGUAGCCUCUCUGCCUCAGGUGCUGGCCGGAUGGAGGAGGUGUGAGGCCCCUCCCUGGCCCCUCAGAAGAAAGCUGGAACUGCCAGGGGAGUCCAGGCUUAAGGGACUCGUCCCCACCUGUCAUGCGACUGUCCCAGUAACCCUCACGAGGGUGUGGACUCGACAAAUAUCUAGAUAUAUGGUGGACAUGGCCCCAAGUCAUGGGGAGAGUAGAGCAGCCUGGGCCCCCCCACCCCCAAGGUUCUAAGCUGACUUUCAAGUUAGGUUGGAGAAAAGGGUGCCAAAGAAGCGAGACUUCCACAUAGUUUUUAAGCUACCCUGGAUUUACUGAGGGUGUACCUGGACAUGGGAGAGGUUUUUAACUGGAAAGUGUGUCCCCUAUCUGCAUGCUGGUCUCUCUCUCUCUCUGCCCAACUCUUGCACCCAAAAAUGAGGUGAGGGCAGGUCUCCACCCACCUCUUGCCUGCUCACAGACCCACUCGUGAGUCGGGAAAGCCUCAGCUUUGGGGUGUGGGGCUUUGUAGAAGUGGAAGGAGAUUUGAAGUGGCUAUCUCCUACAACGGAAAAUAUCCUUUUAUAAUUUUUCUUUUUAACGUUUUAUUUCAGAUACAUAUUUUAGUGUCGAGGCAGAUUAGUAUAUAGCCACCAAAAAAGUAUUGUGUAUAAAUUGAGGCAGCCACAAAAUUGUGUAUUUUAUGUUACAAUAAAGGCGUCUCCUUGAAGGACAA